GCUAAACAAGAGCUGCUAUUCAAGCAACAGCGCGUGGUCUAGCCAUUUGUCAUUUUUAUGGCGGACUUAUCGGAGAAUUUGCACCCUCAGUGAGUUAAGGCAACUAAUUUGUGGCGAUACGAGUAAAGUUUUAUCUGAGAAGAACUGAUAUUGAAAGUUUUGUGAGGGUAGGAGUAGUUGCUGUUUGCAUGGAUCCUCUGUCGCCGAGAGCGGCAUCAUUUAGCAUUGCGAACCUCAUGUCUACGGGCGCACUCACGGGACAACAGGAUAUGACGUCAGUUUCGGGGUAUGGGGUUGUCCCACAACAAUAUUCAACAGACUGUUACUUCGACUGGGGGGCUCAGACAGGAUUUACACCCGGAAUGAAAACUAUGGAAGCAUGUCUACUACAAGCAGGGACGGGGAGGCCAUUCCAGGAGCCGCCCAGAUACGGCGACACUACUCCAACAUCAUGCAUCCAAUCCCUGGAUUCUUUUACUACUGACACCGCUGCCACCAAGACAGAAACAACCAGCGUUCCUACUAAGAACGACGAUGACACCGUCAACACGGGAACAACAAGCGGCGGUGGCCCGGGCUCGGCCGGACAGGAGUCGGAUGAACCGAAGAAACCUGUCCAUCCAAAGUUAGCAAACGUAACCGCGCAGCUCGAGAUGAAAACGUUGUGGUCGGAGUUUGAUCGAUUGGGGACGGAGAUGAUCGUCACAAAAGCAGGAAGGCGGAUGUUUCCGACUUUCCAAGUGCGGUUAUUCGGUCUUGACCCAAUGUCGGACUAUAUGCUCAUGUUGGACUUUGUUCCUGUUGACGACAAACGAUAUCGCUACUCGUUCCACAGUUCUAAUUGGGUAGUGGCGGGCAAAGCUGACCCUCAUAUGCCGGGAAGGAUACACGUCCAUCCUGACUCCCCAACGAAAGGUUCUCAGUGGAUGAAGCAAAUAGUUUCGUUUGAUAAACUCAAGCUUACAAAUAAUCAGUUGGACGACAACGGACAUAUGAUAUUAAACUCAAUGCACAAAUACCAGCCUCGGUUCCAUGUGGUUUACGUAGCCCCAAAAACAGAGGACACAACCCAGUUGGAGAACUUCAAAACCUAUGUAUUCCCAGAAACAAAGUUUACGGCAGUGACAGCAUAUCAAAACCAUAGGAUAACCCAGUUAAAAAUUGCGAGCAAUCCAUUUGCUAAAGGCUUUAGGGACUGUGAUCCGGAUGACUGUGUUGUUGAAGUGUUGAACCACAUGUCUCCCACACAAAAGCCACGCAGCCACCAUCGACCAAGUUCUCUACAACUCCUGGGCCUCACGCACAGAACGCGGUCAUCGUCCUCUUCAAACCUUAGCGAUAAAGAGCCAAAACAAGAAGGUCAAACUAGUCCAAUGGGAUCUCCCCAAAGCGGAGGAAUAUCAACUACUGAACUUAUGCCACAGACAACUUAUGCAACAGACACUUAUUUCCAAAGUUAUCCCAUGUACAGUGACAAUUAUUUCUCCGCGGCGAAAUAUAGACCCAAUCCUUACAGUCGGAAUAUGGACUACCCGGCGUAUCACAGCAGGGUGAAUGGGACCAGUUGUAUAUACCCUCGACCCAACCCUAUAGGAUAUAAUAAUUACGAAGCAAGGUGAUAACCAAUUAAAAUCUGAAACAAAGUGACGUCACAAUCAUAAGGAAGCGACGCUGCUGCACUCUUUAUGCAAUAUUAUGUAUAUAUUGGACUGACCUAUUAUACUAGAAAUAAUUUAAAAGAUGUGCCGAGAAGGGGAAAACUGUAUUAACCAAUAUGCAAGUAGAAUAGUCAACAACUACACAGAAAACAUGGUGGAAAAUAUAAUGACAU